AUGAAGUACCUGCUCAGCGUGACCUUGCUGUUGGCCAUUGGGCUGCAGGAGAUCAAUGCCCACGGCAUGAUGCUGUCCCCGCCCAGUCGCUCCUCCCGCUGGCGCUACGACGGAUCCGCCCCCCAAAACUGGAACGACAACGAGCUCUUCUGCGGCGGCUUGUAUACCCAGUCCAACAACGGAGGUCGUUGCGGUCUGUGCGGCGACAACUUCUUGGAUGGCCAGCCCCGCGCCAACGAGAUCGGAGGAAGUAUCGGUGGAGCCGGCGUGGUGACCAGGAGCUACGUGGCCGGCAAUGCCAUCACCGUGGGCGUGAAGAUCACCACCAACCACCUGGGCUACUUCGAGUUCCACCUGUGCAACCUGGAUGCCUUCGGAGGCGAAUCGGAGGAGUGCUUCGAGCAGAACCGCCUGCGUUUCCCCGAUGGCAGCGAGAGAUUGGAAAUUGGCCAGCAGAGCGGUGAAUUCGAUGUGACCUGCCUGCUGCCAGAGGGCCUGACCUGCAAUCACUGCGUCCUCCGGUGGACCUACGUGGGUGCCAACAACUGGGGCAUCUGCGAUAACUCCGGCAACGGAGCCCUGGGCUGUGGCCCCCAGGAAACCUUCAAGAACUGCGCCGAUGUGAGCAUCAACUGGGGUCGCAACCUGGUCAAGGAGCUGGUCAGUGGUGGCCAACCUGUGGCUCCCAUCGAGGUGGUCUAAAAAUCCGAUUAGCCAAAA